GCUUUAGCAAUAUCUUUAUGUUUUUUUCUUUUUUUGCCCUUGGCAAUUCUGCACAGUAAAUUUUUUACUUAUGCAUCUAUUGUACCAUUUAGGAAUGUCAAUUAAUUAGUAAUAUCAACUUCUAUCUUUCCCUGAAUGCAGUAUUUUCUUGUAUCUAUGUAACUGAUAGUUCUGCAUACCAUCUUAUAGAACAUAUGAAAUUGUCAUAGCACAAUCAAAUCUCUUGGCAUAUUACAGAGUUAGUUCAGGAAGGAAGACAUACCGGUGGUUUUCCUGCAAGUGCUGUAGCUGUUGCCUCAAGAUUGCAGCCUCCCUUUGCCAAAACUAACCAGUAGGAAAAACAAAAAAGGUUAAGUUUAUAUGAAACCAUGGAUGUCUUUUAAGCUUCUUCACUUGAUUUUGACAUAGAGGUAAAAGAAGUACAUUUUAGUAGUUCUGCAUAAAAAUAUAAUGACAAAUAUUUUUUACUUUUAGAGAAGCUCCAGACAUAUCAGAAACAAAUUUAAAUUGCUUGAUAUAAAAGGCAAUCUGCUAAAGCUUUUUUCUCUUAGCUGUGUAGGGUUAUGAUAAUUUUAAAUUUUGUUGGCCUGAAUCAUGAUGUAACUUGUUUGAUAUUUUUUCCAGUUCUGUUUUUAUUUUUUAUUUUUCUGGUAAUUAGUUCUUUGUAUUUACAACCUGUUGCUAAUUGCUGGUAAGCUGAUUUUGAUCUCAUCAGUUUGUGACUCAAGUUUGGUUCUUGUUGUGGUUCUGUAAAAGUUGCAAACUUUAUUGAUAAGAGUCAAUGUUUAGUAGAAUCAACGUUAUAUAUAUAGCACAAAAUAACAAAACAUAAGAUAUGAAGCUAUCAUAAAAGCUUUAUGCCAACUGAACAUCUUGUGUUGUGAUUUAAGUUUCACUGGUCACAAUAGUAGUACUCCAAAAAAUAGUUAUGCUUUCAUGCUGUAGGUGCUCUUGCAUUUAAAUGUAGUGUUCUUGUAGGUCAUUCUUAUAGGAGAUACCAUAAUGCUUUCUCUGCCUUUUUAUUGUUAUAUAACUGCUGCUAUAUAUUUCUGUUGAUAAUGGCUGUAGUCUAUCUGGAGUGUUUGUACUACUCUUUCAGUGGUAUUUUUUCUUUUCUUUUCAAUGGCAUUGAUUUGGCGCUUGGUAGUGCAUGCUAUGCCCUGUCAUUGGGCUUUAUGUUUGUUUAUAGUUUAUACUGUAGUUUCAGAUGUGUAGUUUGCCAUGCAUUGUUUGGAUGUUCAAAGGAUGUUGUUGCAUGUAUACUAAUUGAAAACAUUUGUGGCAGAGUACGAGAAAAAUGACAAGAAAUAAGAAGGCAAGAAGGGAAUUGUACUUUGGCUAAAACAACUGACAAUUAUGGCAUGGACCAUGCCCUUUACUUGAGUAUGGCUUACCGAAUUUUGGGAUUAUGGAAGCAAUAUCACAGCUCCUGUUCUUGUCGUAAUCUUUGUUGUUCUACUCAGUCAUAUACUCCCAGCUUGACCAUCAACAAUAUUAAGAUAUAAGAAUGUUCCAUCUCAUAUGCUAUGUGUGGCAAGGUACACAGCCUUUUGGUGUUUUAUAGCCUGUGAGAACUGCUUAUGUG